AUGACCACCUCUCCUGCGGAGAUCGUCUCUAGAAUACCUGCCAACUACUUGAAAGCUCACGCCUCUGGAGAUUUGUUCUUCUACGAUUCCGAUGUCCACACACACCGCGAAGACGCCGGUAUAGAGUUUGAAAUCAGGUUAUGCCCUGCUCUACAGAAGAAGCCGAAGGAGCCCUCUGUGCACUUCGAUCCCAAGGUGGAUGGGUCCGGCAAGAAGCCCGAUCCGUUUGCACCUCCAUAUAUACCAAACCUCUACGUCGGCGAGCUACGCGAUGAAGAAGAGGGGCAGGAAUACGUUGUACUUCUGAACAAGUUCUGCGUCGUUCCUGAACACUUCCUACUAGUCACCAAAGAUCAUCAAUCACAGACUGCUCCUUUGCUACCACCCGAUCUUGUCCAAACGUACCUCCUGUUAGAGGCAUCAAGGAGGGCCGGGAAACCUGUGUUUGCAUUCUAUAAUUGCGGUGAUGUGAGCGGUGCGAGUCAACAUCAUAAGCACCUGCAGUUCAUGCCGAGCGAUUUCAAUGGGCCGCCCAUUGAGCAACUUGCCGGGGAGGCGAAAGUAGAAUCUCCAGGACGACCAUUCUCUCUGUCCCAGCUACCUUACGCCAACCACAUCAGGAGAUUACCGCCCGCUCUUUCCUCCAUGCCCCCACAAGAGAUGGAGCAGACGUUAUCCGAAGCAUUCUUCACCCUCCUCGACCUCGUGAUCUCGACCGUCCGCCAUGACCCCUCGUACCCUGCCGGGAGCCCCUCGUACAACGUUAUCCUGACGUCGGAGCACAUGUACCUCUUCCCUCGCAAAUUCGAGGAUUAUCGACUGCCUGAAACCGGCGAGAAGAUCAGCGUCAACGCGCUCGGGUUUGCCGGGAUGAUGCUGGUGAAGAGCGAUGGCGAGCUCGAGGCGGUCAAGAAAGUGGGAAUCUUGAAUAUCCUCAAGGCUGUCGGUGUUACAAGCGUGCACGACGUGCAAGUGGAAGGAACCGCGGCCGAAACAGAACAUCUGAACCAAUCGUAG